GCUGCCGCCGUCACCCGUACUCAACUGUAGCUUAUAAAAUGCAAACAGCCGCAACGGAAAUCGGCAUCGAUUAUUCACCGCCUCUUUCUCCUUUCUCCCACAAAUAGAUAAAUAUUACAAAAUCCCGCUUUCUGCUUCUCUUGCGUUCGCUACCGUUGAAGUAGGAAAUACAUCCCUCAAUAAAACCAAGGAAUGGAUAGUGGUUUGGAGCACCCAUUGUCUCAGGACGCCGAUUUUCUCAAAUCUACGGAGAAAGAUGACAUGUUGAUGGAGAUGGAAUGUGGGCAUUUCGGGUGCACGCAUUAUAAGAGAAGAUGCAAGAUCAGGUCGCCUUGUUGUGAUGAGAUCUUUGAUUGCAGGCACUGCCACAAUGAUGCCAAGAAUUCUAUGCAAGUCAAUCCUCUGGACAGGCACGAGAUUCCUCGCCAUGAAGUGAAGAAGGUCAUCUGUUCACUGUGCGCCACAGAGCAAGAUGUUCAGCAGAAUUGCAUAAACUGUGGAGUUUGCAUGGGAAAAUAUUUCUGUGCAAAAUGCAAGUUUUUCGAUGACGAUGUUUCAAAACAUCAAUACCAUUGUGAUGGAUGUGGAAUCUGCAGAACUGGUGGUGAGGAGAACUUCUUUCAUUGUUAUAAAUGUGGAUGCUGUUAUGCCAGGUCCUUGAAGGAUUCCCACCGUUGUGUGGAAAGGGCAAUGCACCACAACUGCCCAGUCUGCUUUGAGUAUCUGUUUGACUCAACAAGAGACAUCAGUGUAUUACAAUGCGGGCAUACGAUACAUUUUGAUUGCUUGAAAGAGAUGGAAGCUCAUUUCCAAUAUGCCUGCCCCGUUUGCUCCAAGUCGGUCUGUGAUAUGUCCAGAGUGUGGGAAAAGCUUGACCAGGAGGUUGCCUCGACACCUAUGCCUGAAAUGUACCAGAACAAGAUGGUGUGGAUCCUUUGCAAUGAUUGCGGGACAAAUUCAGAGGUCCAUUUCCACAUUAUUGCGCACAAAUGCAUGAGCUGCAAUUCCUACAAUACCAGGCAGACAAGAGGCGGUCCUGCGUCUUGCUCUUCUAGUAUCUAAGAGAUGGUGAUGAUGAUGUGUACAGUUUUCAUGUAUUUCCUUUCCUGGCUUUGGAAGAUGGGUUUCUCCCUUUGUGGAUUGGCCAAAGGAAGCAUUAGUGGGAAAGCGCAAAGGAGAUUAUUUCAAUAAGAGGGAGAGUAUUCCAUUCAUUCAUUCUUUCAUCCAUUCAUCCAAAAUCUUUGGGGGAUGGGGAGAUACUAAUAGCCAGGAUCAUCGUUUUUGGCCUAUGGAGAGAUUAGAGCUGUGUCUGGGGUUAUCUUCUUGUUGUUGAUGAUGAUAUUGUGAUUUAGAAGAUGUAACAAAUGCAGUUUUGAUUCUAUACCAAAAAACUGUGGAAAGAAAAUUGAUGUUUCGAAAUGAAUCGGUCUUGGGCUUCCUUCCUUUA